UUCCAAAAGAACCCUGAGCAAAGGGCUAAGAGCAGAGCAGGGGUCAGAGCUCAGUGGCCAGGGGCGGAAGCAAUCCUGCAGGUUUAGGAUACCUACACAACUAGAUGAUGGGCAUCGACCAGAAACAAUGAACUCAAGGCAGGCGACCUGUUUGGAAAAUCCAAACAGCCUUAGAAAACAAUUCAGAAGAGCACCUGAAUUCUACAAAUAAAGGAGUCAAGCCCUGGCUCCCCAGCUGUCACACACAGCCAGAGGUGAACGAAAGGAACUCUAACCAGAGGGGAAAGGUCCGGUAAGAUGGCAGACAAGCUGGACAUGAAGGAAAUCUCCAGCUUCCAUAAGGCCAGGCUGAAGAAAGCUCAGAUGCAGGAGAAGGUCACCAUGCCGACCAAAGACUCCCUUGAGCAGGAAAAGAGAAGUGAAAUUCUCUAAAAGCCUAGGCCAGGGGAUUUCUCCACCCCACCCCAUCGUCUCCGAGACCACCUGGUGAUGUGGAGGAAGAGCCCCAUGCAAGAUGAAUGCGAGCCCCAAGCUGCAGCUCCCUUAGCCUACAGUUAUGGUGAGAGAGGCCACACCUUCUUAGAACAAUCUGUCAUACGAGAUAGACAAAAGUUCUGUGUUCUCUCGACAGAUGAGAUCAUAGCAUUGGGGGAACGAUUCUGUAGCUGUACGAAGUCAACCCCACAAUUUAUCUUCGGGGAAGAUAAAUACCAAACAAUAAGAAGUGGUUAGUAGACUACA